UGCCCCACUACAUAUUCCUGACACUCCUGAUCUCCCUUCAAGAGAAACUCAGAAGAAGAGAAGCCAUGAGGAUCACACUGCUGAGGAUGCUGGCCACCCUGACAUGUGUGCUUGCUGCAUGUGCAGAGGUUGUGCCUGUAAAAGACUUUAGCCUGGAGAAGAUGGCAGGCAAGUGGUACAUGGUUGGCUUUGCUACCAAUGCUCAAUGGUUUGUGAAUCACAAGGAUUCCAUGAAAACAGGCACUGCCAUCAUAGUGCCAACUGAAGGAGGAGACAUGGAUCUGUCUUACACCAACCUAAAUGCUGAUGGGUCUUGCUGGAGAAUGACUCACCUGGCCAAGAAAACCGACACUCCCGGGCGCUUCACCUUCCACAGCCAGACUUGGAACAAUGACAACGACAUGCGCAUUGUUGAUGUUGUGUACGAUGACUACGCUCUGGUUCACACCAUCAAGACAAAGGAAGGAGUUUCUGAGUCCCUCAACAAACUUUACAGUCGCACUCCCGAGAUUAGUGAAGUCCUGCAGCAGAAAUUCACUCAGUUCUCCCUGGAAACCGGCAUCCUCCCUGACAACGUUGCUAUCUUGCCAAAGAAUGAUGAGUGUCCCGAUGCCUGAAGACCUCCCUGCACACCAAACACUUCCAUUUCUUAUCUCCUCAUUUCUGAAGUCCAGGACUUUCAUCUCAGACGAGUCUCGUCACACUCAUUAUGACAUUUGUUGCAUCACAAAGCAUGCACCUGGGACAGCCACUCCCACGUAUUUUCCUCUAAACUCUAAAAUUCCUCUAAAUUUCCUGCAUACCUAAGAGCAAUGGCUCAAGCUUCAGACUUUCUUCUCUCCAACUUAUGAUUUACCAGUGUAAUCAGAGUGGAACAACAGUGAUGUGUCUUUUGAAACUGCUGGUUUCUUUUGUAGUUUUGUUUUUCUUUAUAUUAAAAGGAACUGAAAACCAAUAAACCUAUUAAAACAA